UACAUCUCCAACACUUGGUUCAUCAAUCAAGCUGAUUUAUAUGUUUGAGGACUGUGUGUACUGCCAGUGCAGCCACUAAUCCAGGAUCAGGAAACUUUUCUGCAUUUGAGUGGUUAGUUACAUGCAGGAAACAAUCGAGGUAUAUAUUUAUGUAUAUUUACAGGCCUUCUGUUGUUACACAUUGUGCUCCAGACCCACAGAAAUGUUGCAAACCUGUGUUUACAUGAAGCAGCCUGUAUGUGCUGAGAUUAUAAAGCUGUAGGGGAUCAUCAGCAUGCCACAAUAGUCUGGGAUGACAGGCCAAUAAAUGACAGACGACCAAACACACACACUAAUGUGGACGUCUUAAUAGAGAGAGACUAUGGAAUGUGGUGCGUAGCUUCCACAAACCCUCACUUUGUCUCUUCCUUUUCGCUGUAAUAACUUCUUGUCAUUUUGGGUUAUGCUAUGUGUUAAGACAUUUCCCACCACCUGACUUUUUCCAUAUUUCGUCACUGAACGUCAGGGAAAAAAAUUAAACCAAAGAUAACUUUGUUUGUUUACAACACUGGUCAAAAAAAAAUGGAUUUGAUGGAUUGCUCCUGGAUUAUAAAAAGCCUUAUUAAACAAGAACAAUCAAAACCUGAGAUGUGCAAAGCAUCCUGCCUUCAUAUUGACUUCCUCAAGCCUCUCAUCAGCUCCUCCUCCUUCAUUCAAUACACCUGCGAUGUUUUCAGUAUCCUCUGUGUAAUUCACCUCAGCCCUCCUUCAGGACAGCACAUAGCUCUGGCUGAUCUCUACUUUCCAACACCUGAGAAGACGGACAAAAGAGAACAGUGUCAAGUUUCCACUGGGGUGUGUGUGUGUCUCUGCCAGAACCGGUAAUGGCCAACCAGCUACCUCCACAGCAAGGAGACCCGCUGCUGAACAAGUUGUACCAGGUGAGCCGGUCUAGCGGGAAAGAAACCACCAAAGACAGCCUGCAUGCCAGGGGACAGUGGGCGAGCAAGGCUGAGUUCCUCUUAGCUGUGGCGGGGCAGAUCAUCGGCCUUGGAAACGUCUGGAGGUUCCCUUACCUCUGCUACAAAAAUGGAGGAGGUGUGUUCUUUGUACCCUACCUGUUGUUCCUGGUACUGUGCGGUAUCCCCCUGUUCCUCCUGGAGACCUCUCUGGGACAGUUCACCAGCCUGGGAGGGGUCAGUGCCUGGAGGACUGUCUGCCCAUUAUUUGGAGGGCUCGGCUAUGCCAGCCAAGUGAUGAUCCUGCAUGGCUGUGUGUACUACAUCAUCAUUUUGGCCUGGGCUCUCUUCUACCUGGCCUACAGCUUUAAUGCAGAGCUGCCCUGGUCGCACUGUAACAACACGUGGAACACAGAGGCAUGUGUGCUGUUUGAUCACCACAACCAGACAACCAAUGGGACCAGCCUGCCUGAGAACGCCACCUCCCCUGUCAUGGAGUUUUGGGAGCGGGAGGUGCUCCGUCUCUCCAGCAGUUUAGACGAGCUGGGUCCAAUCAGCUGGAAGCUGGCUCUGUGUCUGGCCAUCGUCUGGCUUGUCUGUUACUUCUGUGUCUGGAGGGGAGUCAAGUCCACUGGGAAGGUGGUGUACCUGACAGCCACCUUCCCAUAUGUCAUGCUGUUUGUGCUGCUGGUGCGCGGAGCCACCCUGCCGGGAGCGACCCACGGCAUCAUCUACUACCUCAAACCUAACAUCACCCGCCUGGCAGACCCACAGGUAUGGAUGGAUGCAGGUACCCAGAUAUUUUUCUCAUACGGAAUCUGUUUGGGAAGUCUCACAGCACUCGGCAGUUACAACAAAUACAACAACGACUGCUAUAAGGACUCGUUCCUCCUGUGCCUCCUGAACAGCGCCACCAGUUUCCUUGCAGGUUUUGCCAUCUUCUCCGUGCUGGGCUUCAUGGCUGAGGAGCAGGGAGUGGACAUAGCCACCGUGGCCCAGUCAGGGCCGGGCCUUGCUUUCAUCGCCUACCCGCGAGCUGUAGCCAUGAUGCCUGUACCCCAGCUCUGGGCCGUCUGCUUCUUCUUAAUGAUUAUCAUGCUGGGGCUGGACACACAGUUUGUGAGUCUGGAGGCCCUGAUGACGUCGGUGACUGAUCUGUACCCUCACCUGAUCCGACGGGGUUACCGCAGAGAGCUGCUGCUGCUAUUCAUCUGCUUCGUCUGCUUCCUGCUCGGACUGGUCAUGGUCACGCCGGGCGGUCUCUAUGUGUUUCAGAUCUAUGACCAUUUCUCCUGCAGUGGAGCCAGCCUGCUGCUCCUCUCCAUCUUCCAGUCUCUGGCCAUCGGCUGGGUCUACGGAGCCGAGCGUUUCUGUGCCAACAUCAGGGAUAUGACCGGCUACAGGCCCCUGCCUGUCUUCAAGCUGUGCUGGAAAUACCUGACCCCAGUCGUGUGCACUGCUACCUUUCUGUUUUCCCUGGUGAGCUGGUCUCCAUUGAAACUGGGGAAAGGCCUGGUGGCUCCUACCUGGGCCACCACGCUGGGCUGGCUCCUUACUAUCUCCUCUGUCUCCCUUCUUCCCAUCUGGGCCAUCUAUGCCAUGGCCACCACCCCGGGGACCCUGCCACAGCGCUUCCGGUGUCUGUGCACUCCAGCCAAAAACUCACCGGCCCCGCUCCACUUUGCCAACAACAUGUCAGCGCCCCCCUACAGCACCAUGCUGCCGCUGAGUGAGAAGCAGAAGGAGCCGCUCACAAACAUCAUUGAGGAUUGCAAGACCUGAUGAUGCUCAGUGCUGAUGUAACAUUGGGUGCUUGUCAGCCAAUCAAGGUCAGAGUUAACACCGCUGGAUCCCCGUUUUUAGAUUGUAUGUGUUUUAAUGGAUUGCAGGGGCCUAUCUCAUAUCAAAAGUCACGGUCCACCACACCCAGGUCUUUAGUUUAAUGUUGCAUUCAGGCUGUCCAAUGAUCGCCAGAUUUCUUUAGAAUCUUUAGCCGGUGAAAAGUCAUCGCAGGAUUAAUCACACAAAACUGGAGGCUAUUGCAUUUAUUUGUCAUUCAUAUGGUUCAUCAUGAAGUGAAACAUCUCACUUAAAGGGUAACUUCAGUAUUUUUCAGUCUAUCCCAUGAUUUUGUGUCCAUCUGACUACUGGAAACAACUGCAGUUGGUCUAGUAUUGAACAAGAGGGCAGCAGCGAAACAGACUGCAAUCUAAACAUUAAGGGCCGAUGUUUGUUUUGAUUGAUGCACGUCUACUAAAACUGUGUGACAGGCUCAGAUUGUUAUUCUCAGUGUCUGACAUUAUGGAGAAGAUGCCUACAGAGAUAGCCCUUUUUGUUUAAGAGUAAGAUCCUCUUUGUUUAACAAGAGACAGCUCCGAUAUUACAAUUGCCAAACCCACCAGACUCUAUAUAAUAAACAGCAAUUUUAUCAUUUUAAAACACACUCCAUUCAAAGUUGACAAAAACAAAAUAAAUCUCACUGAGACUGUCUUGGGUCAUCUUUCCAUUGUUUCAACAAUAACCAACUCUGGUUUGGUAGAAAUUAGGCUGUAUUCACCCAGUUAGAUGUAAAACUAUGCUGGCUCUGUACACACUGAAAUUACUGUUGAUUUAAAUGAAGUCUGGUGGGUUUGACAAUAGCAGUCUUGGGGCUGUUUCUGGUUAAUAUUACUCUUUCACAAAAGGUCUAUCUCUGUUGGGAUCAGUUUGAAAAUGCUGUCAGACAUUUAGACUAACAAUCUGAACCUCUGAGGUGCAAAAACAAUGAGAGUGAAACUGAAAAAAAAAGACUGCAGCUGCAGUCUGCAGCUCUUUUGCUCAAUAUUGGACCAAUUUAAAAAAUAUUUGUUACCCAUUUGUCACUUAGACUCAAAAAUAUGGGGAAAUAGUGAAUAGGUUACCCUUUAAUGUUCACUCACAUAUCCGACGCAAGUCGUCACCUGAAUGCACCGUUAGUCUUCCUCUCUUUACAGGGGAGCUGUGUGGACUUCUUCGUAGGUGUUUCACCUUCUGUGAUCACGUUAUUAUGGGUCCCAUUGCUUUUUUUGGAAAGCUUGUGCUAUGAUUGGGUUAAGUGUGAAAUCCAUACAUGUGUAACAAUUCCCAGAUAUCAGAUGUUAAGAUGGCACCUUUUUACUCUAAAGUAGUUGCUUACGUGGCUCAUAUGCCAAAAAAGUUUACUUCCAUGGUAUGCAGCCCACUGAAUAUUUAUGGUCAUGUUUAACACUUUGCUCAUCGGCUUUGUGGCGACGUUACAGAUUUUAAAUUACCUUUUUUUUACAAAAAUAAAAACCUAGAUGAAUCAAAAA